AUGUCAGUAGUUUUGCCUUAUACAAACGAUACUGCUGCUGUAACGUUUAGUAAUUCAGCCGUUCAAAGUCCAUCUUUAUUUUUAUUUUUAGCCCUACUUGACAUUAAGGCACUAGCCCUUGAGAUAUUCUGCGACACUGAAAAGUUACAGAAAGAAUAUGCAUCUACAGUCAAUAUCUCUCAGGCUAAAAAUAAGAACUCUGAUGCUUCGUGGGUUGAAGGUAGUUUAUCAGGAGUGGACAUUAUGAUGACUGGGAGUAAGAUAUCAAAGCAAUUGAAAACUAACAAUGAUGUGCAGUUGUGA